AUGGUUUUAAACUGCAUCCUGUGCGUGAUGGGUAGCCAGUGGAAGGGUUAUCUGAUCUCAUUCGUGGAUUCGGGUGAGAAGCAACCUCAUAGAGGUCAGAGCGCAAAACCAGAUGACAAUCACUGUCCUAAAGGCUGGACUCAAUUGGACAAGUACUGUUACGUCUUCCAAACCGAUGAAAGGACCUUUUCAGAUGCUGAGAGCGUCUGCAACAUUAUUGGUGGGAAUCUGGUCUCCAUCAACAGUGGCAAGGAAAAUGCACUCGUUGUCGAACUGAUUAGGGAGGGUGCUGGUUCUGUUGUGGAUACCUGGAUUGGACUCCAUGAUGCAAUUGAGGAAGGCGACUUCGUAUGGACCGAUGGUGAAAUCGUUAAUUUCAGAAACUUUGGUAUGGACCAGCCUGACAAUGGAGAUGGUGGAGAGGAUGAAGACUGCGUCGAGAUUGAGUCAAGAGACGAUAUGUGGCACGAUGUUCCAUGCACAGAUGAAAAUCCAUUUGUUUGCAUUAGACCUGUGAACAAAGACUGUCACUGAUCAGCCAUCUCACCAUCAUGUCUUCUAUUAUAUGUCUUUCCCCAAUUACAGUAACUUAGGACAUAAUAUCUUUUAUUUCUUAUAAUUAUAGGGUUCAUCACUUGAUUUCUGUCAGUUAAGCUAGUUUUUAUGGGUAUCCUCGCAAUAAAUUGCAGA